AUGCAAGACCUAUUUGGAUCGGUUCGUCGAUCCUUAGUGUUUAAAUCCACUGCAGGAGGAGGAGGAGAAGAUGGAGGAUUCGGUGGUUUAGUUGAGAAAAUCGGCUCCAGUAUUCGUAAAUCGCGAAUAGGCCUCUUCUCCAAACCUUCAAUACCGUCCUUGCCUCCGCCAACUAAAAAAGAAGAUGGGCCGCCGAUCCGGUGGAGAAGGGGUGAGUUGAUCGGGUGCGGCGCUUUUGGUAGAGUUUAUAUGGGGAUGAAUCUUGAUUCUGGAGAACUUCUCGCUGUUAAACAGGUUUUGAUUGCGGCCAGUAGUGCUUCUAAGGAGAAAACGCAGGCACACAUCAGAGAGCUCGAGGAAGAAGUGAAGCUUCUCAAGAAUCUUUCGCAUUCAAAUAUUGUUAGAUAUUUGGGUACUGCCAGAGAGGAUGAUUCACUGAAUAUUUUGUUGGAAUUUGUACCGGGCGGAUCCAUAUCAUCCCUAUUGGGAAAAUUUGGAUCUUUCCCUGAGUCGGUUAUAAGGAUGUAUACGAAACAGCUGUUAUUGGGACUGGAAUACCUUCACAGUAAUGGUAUUAUGCAUAGAGACAUCAAGGGUGCAAACAUUCUUGUUGAUAACAAGGGUUGCAUUAAACUUGCUGACUUUGGAGCAUCCAAAAAAGUAGUUGAACUGGCUACUAUAAAUGGUGCCAAGUCAAUGAAAGGUACUCCAUAUUGGAUGGCUCCUGAGGUCAUUCUCCAGACUGGGCAUAGCUUUUCUGCUGAUAUAUGGAGCGUUGGCUGUACUGUGAUUGAGAUGGCCACAGGGAAACCUCCAUGGAGCCAACAGUAUCAGGAGGUUGCUGCUCUCUUCCACAUUGGGACAACUAAAUCUCAUCCUCCCAUUCCUGAACACCUGUCUAUUGAGGCAAAGGAUUUCUUGUUAAAAUGUCUGCAGGAAGUACCGAACUUAAGGCCUGUUGCAUCUGAGUUAUUGCAGCAUCCAUUUGUCACUGGUGAAUAUCAGGAACCUCCUUCAGUAUUCCGCAAUUCAGCUAGAGAAUCUGGAAAUCUGAUAGCAGCUACUGGGAUGAAUCUCAAGAACUCCAUGAAUUCUGUGAUUAGAAGGUCAACUUGUGCAGGAUUGAAGGAUGUUUGUGAAAUGGGUAGUUUGAAGUCAUCAACUGUAUAUCCUGAUAGCUUGUCAAGAUCCUACUGGGGUGCAGCCAAUUUUGAUGAUGAUAUGUGUGUGAUAGAUGAUAAAAAUGAUUUUAUGGUUAGUGUAUCAACUAGGUUCAAAUCUACCUUAGCAUCUGCUGAUUUAAAUAAGAGUUUCAACCCUAUGAGUGAACCCACGGAUGACUGGCCAUGCAAGUUUGAUGAAGAUCCAUUGUUUAGGAGAAGUGGAAUUAACUUGUCUUGCAGUCAGUCAAUCCAUGAAAUCGAUAGCCAUGAAGCAUCUGGUAAGGGACAAAAUGAAUUCACAUUUCCAUGUGGGCCAGUGGUACCUGAGGAUGAUGAUGAAGUUACCGAGUCCAAAAUUAGAGCUUUUUUGGAUGAGAAGGCUUGUGAUUUGAAGAAGCUGCAGACGCCUCUAUAUGAAGAGUUCUACAACAGCACUCUGAAUACAAUUGGAGCUCCAACUGCAGUUGGAACAGAAAACAACGAAAAUCCUACACAUUUACCGAGUUUACCUCCUAAAAGCAGGUCACCUAAACGUUUUCCUAGCAGAAGACUAUCUGCUGUUGUUGAUGCUGCCAACAUUGUUAGUCCUGCUUAUCAUACUAGUCAUUUAGCAAACGAGAAUAGCAUCCAUAAUCAAGCUUUGCAGGAAAUUCAGCCAUCUCAGCUAAGUGAGUGGAAAGAGUUUCUUCAUAAUGGCCAGCAGGAAACGCUUACUUCUAGCGCAAGCUUCUCUGAGAGGCAAAGAAAAUGGGAAGAAGAGCUCUAUCAAGAGCUUGAAAGAAGACGAGAGAUGAUGCGCCAGGCAGGUGUGGGAGGGAAGACAUCAUCUCCGAAGGAUCCGAUUCUAAUGCGACAGCGGGAGCGGUUACGAUUUGCAUUCACUGGCAAAUAA